AUGAUUAGACUGCUGCUACAGAUUGAAUUCACGUUGAAUAGCCUUAUUUUAUUCUUCGCUCGUCAUGAUCUUUGUUGGGCAUGGAUCUGUAAGUAUGGAGAAAAAGGGAGAGUUAACACCUCUGAUGUUUUCGGGGUAAAAAACUCUGAUUUGGUUCCAGGAAAAUAUGAAGGUGGGUUGAAGCUGUGGGAAGGAUCAUUGGACUUGGUGAAAACCCUAAAUUCAGACAUCAAAGAUGAUCGAUUGCUUAUGGAAGGCAAACACGUACUAGAGUUAGGAUGUGGGCAUGGCCUCCCUGGCAUCUAUGCAGGUUUGAAGGGUGCUGGUCUAGUUCACUUCCAAGAUUUCAAUGCUGAGGUCCUUAGGUGCCUUACCAUCCCAAAUGUAAAAGCUAAUCUGUUGAAGGAAUCAUCUCAAGGAACAUUCACAUCUAGGAGUGUUGGUUUUUAUGCUGGUGAUUGGAGUGAAAUCGACAAGUUACUUCUUCGCGGAGAUGCUGUCCAGGAUAAAACAACCAAUCUUCACACAGAAAAUGAAGGCUGUAGAGGUUAUGAUAUCAUCCUGAUGGCUGAGACUGUUUAUGCAUUGGAUUCACUUCCUAGUCUCUACAGGCUCGUCAAGAAGUGCUUACACUACCCUAGUGGUGUAGUUUAUAUGGCAGGGAAAAAGCAUUACUUUGGUGUAGGUGGCGGCACAAGGCAAUUUCUACGCUUGGUUAGAGAAGAUGGUACCAUGCAAUCGGACCUGCUUGCUGAAGUUACUGAUGGUUCAUCCAAUGUUAGGGAGGUUUGGAAAUUCUCAUUCAAGUAG